UCCCAAUACAGGCGCUCCGAGUCCCAUCUUGAUGGCUCAUUUAUAAGAGAUGAGAAUGGCAUGAUGUCAGAGGAUGUCAGCUGCGUGAAACUCGUUUUUACCUCUUGAACCCAUUAAUGCAGAUGGAGUAUUCGCCUGACGAUAUUGCAGCAGCGAGAAGUUUGCAGUUCUUUGCGUUCACAUCCACAUCUAUAGCUACAUUCUGGACAUAUGAAUAUGCUUGUACACUUCAUGAAGAGUGGACGUUCCUGCUUCGGUCGCGCUGCACCAAGGUAAAAGCCAUUUAUAUCGUUACACGAUAUGUCCCCUUUCUACUUCUCACCACAAAUCUAUAUCUGAGCUUUAUCCCGAACGAGAACCCAGAUAAAUGCCGUGUGUUGGUCAAUAUUUGCUCAGGUUUCGGCACAAUAUCGGUCAUUUGUUCCGAAUGCUUCUUCAUUCUCAGAACAUAUGCGCUCUGGAACAAGAAUAGAAUCGUCCUCGCAGCCAUGAUAUCCACGUUUCUCACAUUUAUUGUAGUGUCCAUGAGUCUUCAAGUUGUCUUCGCCACUACUGUCCCCGUAACAUAUGCGACUAGCGCGAUCCCUGGCAUCACAGGCUGCUACCAGAGCUCGAGUAGUUUCCAGCUCUUCAUAUCGUUUAUUUUCCUUCCUGCGUUUCAACUCGGACUCAUUACCCUCACACUCAUACGCGCCAUACAGAGCUGGCAGAGUACCCAAGGCCGGCAUCUGUACAUCGUCCUUCUGACACAUAACAUAUUCUACUAUGCAUGUGGUCUCUUGUUCUCUGUGGCGAACAUCCUCCCACCGCUGCUCCUCCAUUAUGCAUACUACUCCAUUUUGCAUAAUUUCCAGUACAUCAUCCUUACGGUCCUUGCCACGCGCUUGCACCGUCAUCUUUGGCAGAUGGACCAGCGUGUUGUACACGGCUCUGACGUCGUGUCUAUUCCAAUGGCUGAUAUGUCAUUUGCAGACUGUACGGUGUGACGUCUUAUUCUGUGACUUAUUCGUCGUCGUUUGUGGAGUGAGGUGUGGAUUGAAUUGGUGUGUGUGGGUCUAGUAGAGUUCGCAACGCGCUCAACUAGUAGGACUGUAUUUUCUGUCGCGGGACAUUCCCUUGGUCUAUUCAA